AGCUUUUUAGAGGAUCUGGACUUGGAGCAGUACUACAGAGAGAAACAAUCACUUGGCAAAAUACUUGAGAUUGACGAGAAGACAGUUAAUGAUGAAGCUUUCAGGUGUAAAUCAGAGCUCCCGUGGUAUUUUCUAAGGAAGCUGAUGAUGGUUAAUGUUACAGCUAGAAAUGGGAUACACACUGAUGAUCAAUCAGGGAGCACAGACAUAGAUGACUUGCUAAACCCUCUUGACAUAAUCACUGCUCUUUUUCUGUGUUCUGAUGGUUUUCUACAGCAGGAAAUGGCACUAAAAAUGUCCAUGUGUCAGUUCUCAGUUCCUCUGCUGCUUCCCAAUUGUGACACAAAACAGUGCACACUCAUGCUGUGGGCCAUGAGAGACAUUGUUAAAAAGUACAGACCUCACUCUCUGUCAGAAUCCAAGGGCUUCAUUGAGGACAGAAUUGUUCUCUCUGAACUUCCAAUGAUCUCCUUUGUCAGACUGGGUGAAUGCUCCUUGUCCAAGUCAGAGAUUCUCAAUAAACUUCUGAGCAACUCUCAACAGUACCAUGACACCUUUGUGCACCGCAACAUGGAGUGUGGUGACAGUCCAAGAAGAAUAUCCAGCGGACUGACUGAAAUUUCUUGGUAUCUUCCUGGUGGAAACACAAACAUCGAUGUUUUCAGUCAGCCAGUGGCUGUAGCUAACCUUCGUGGGGACAUUGCUUUAUUUAAAACACAAUAUUCCUUUUUGUGUCAGACAUCUGCAGCAGUUUUUGUGUUCUUUGACCAUCUGGACUCUGACUGCAGUCUACUUAUCAACCAACACCACAAGGCACAGAUCUUCUUGGUUGGUAAUGGUGAAAGCAGCAAUGAGGAUUUAAGAUCAGUAGCAAACAAGAUGGGCUUAAGUAAUAGCAACAUCAUAACUAAAACUAAACAAAGAAAUGAUGCAGACUUUGUACAAACUUUGAGAAAAACAGUCAGGGAUGUAGUUGAGAACUCCAAGAUGAAGAUGAAAAUAGAGCAGAUGGUGGACAUUGCCCAUGAACUGGGAAUCCUGGUUGAUGAAGACUCUCCAGAGUGCCAGACUGCAAAGAAAAAUGCAGAAGCCAUCACUGCAGAAAUUCAAGACAUCCUAAAAUACAAAGAAGAUCAGCUUCCCAGGCAAGGUGAAAUAUGGAAAGAACUGACCUGCUUAGAGAAGGAAGAAUUUCGGCUUCGAAAUCUUGGGUCUGAAAAUAUCGAAGAUUACAGAAGUGAACUUCAGAUACAGAAAAAAGAACUGCGUAUAAAGCAGAACUCUUAUGACACAUCCACAGCUAUGACAUGCUUCAUCAAUGCAAUAUCAAACCCAGGAACAGAAAGGUUUUAUUUCCUGAAAUGGAUGCAAAUGAACCUCGAUAACCUGUCUUGCAUAAAACUGUCUAAACUUCGUGAGAAAUAUAAAGAAAAAUGCAAGUACUCGGAGAACAAAGAGGAGAUCAAAGAAAUUGACAAACAAAUUUCCAACAGCUCUCUGGGGACUGAACACUUCUUCCGUGAAAUGGGUCAGAUCUAUGAAGCCUCACUGUCCCUUCCACAAACAGACCCAUCACGUCAACAGUUGCAGCAUCUGCCCAAACUGUGUGCAGAGUUGUUGCUCGAUGGAUUUCCCCUUGAGCUUGUAGAUGGAGAUGCAUCCAACAUCCCUCUCAGAUGGGUGAGUGAUGUUCUCUCUGAGCUCAGUGACUUGGUGUCUCCAAACAGAAAGAUACUGGUGGUCACAGUUCUUGGAGUUCAGAACACAGGAAAGUCCACUCUCCUUAACACCAUGUUUGGAGUGCAGUUUGCAGUCAGCAGUGGUCGAUGUACUCGAGGUGCCUUCAUGUCAUUCAUCAAAAUCAAUGAAGACUUCAAAAAAGUCCUAGACUGUGACUUCAUGGUGAUUAUUGACACUGAGGGCUUAAAGUCACCAGAACUCGCACAACUGGACAACAGCCAUGAGCACGACAAUGAGCUCGCUACACUUGUUGUGGGGCUGAGUGAUGUCACCAUUGUCAACAUUGCAAUGGAGAAUUCAGCUGAAAUGAAGGACAUCCUACAAACAGUUGUCCAUGCUUUCCUCAGGAUGAAGGAGGUGGGAAAAAAGCCUAAAUGUCUGUUUGUUCACCGAAAUGUGUCGGAUGUUUCAGCCCAUGAGAAGAACUCACGAGACAGGAAACUGCUCCUGGAACAAUUAAAUGAGAUGACCCAGGCAGCAGCCAAAAUGGAAAAGAAAGAGGAGAACAAGAGCUUCACUGAUGUGAUGGAGUACAGUCCAGACACUGGGAACUGGUACAUUCCUGGACUCUGGAAUGGAAACCCACCAAUGGCACCAGUCAGUGCAGGAUACAGUGAGGCUGUGUAUGAGCUCAAGAAAAACAUCAUCCAACUACUGAGAAAUUGUGAGUCAUCUGCUAAUGAGAUCUUGGAGUUUAAAGAGUGGAUGACAAGCCUGUGGAAUGCAGUAAAGCACGAAAACUUCAUCUUCAGCUUCAGAAACAGUCUAGUAGCUGAUGCAUACAUGAGGCUCUGCACAGAAUUCAACAAAUGGGAGUGGGAAUUCAAAAAAGAAAUGCACACCUGGGUAACAAAUGCAGAAACAAGAAUUUCCAAUUUUGGAACAGUUGCAGCAAAAUCUGAAUCCUCUGACAUGAGAGAAUUUCUCACCUGUUUGAAAAGUGAAGCCUCCAUAAAGCUGUCUACAUGGGAGACAAAGCUUCUAGAAAAUCUGACACAGUAUUUCAGGCAAACAGGCCGUCAUGUGUAUCUGGUUGAAGGAUACAAAAAAGAAUUCUCAAACAGUGCAAAGAGCCUUCAAAAAGAAAUGGAGAGAUCUGUAAUUAAUCAGCUCACAGCAGCAGCAGAAAUUGCACAAGAAAUGACAGAAACUGAUAAAAUCAAAGAGAAUCAUAUAAAAGAAAUUGAAAAUGCAGUUUGGGGACUAAUUAAUGACUGCUGGAAAAAGGAUGUCCAGAUGGAAGAGACAGAACUAGAAAAUGAAUUUCACAAGAUGUGGAGUGAAAUGUUGAAGAAACUUUCUUGUUCUGAAGAGCAAGCCAUACAAAUCUUCACUAGUAUAUCGUCGUAUCUGAGAGAGAAUCUAAAACAUACUGGGGAUGUUUCAGAUGAACUCUUAGAAAAAGAGCUGGGAGAUUGUGGGUCGGUGCCUUUCAGAUAUACAGCUGAAACACAGUCCAGGAAAGUUAGACAUGAAGUGAGCAACAUUCAAGAUUACAUAGUGGCUGUACAGAAACUGGCUGACAGCAUCAUAGAUGUUUGCACUCAGUUCGUGAGUGAAAAAGUAAAAAGAAAAAAAAAUUACUCUGAUAUUUACAUCCAGGAGAUCCUACACAUCACUGAUGAGAAUCUGCAGAACAAUCGAGAUGUUCAGACUGACACUGAGUUUGAAGUUUCUCUAAAACAGCACAUCUGUGGAUUUGCAGCCAGAGAGUUUAAGAAAGUGCACGAAGAAAAAGAUCCCUACACAUGUCUGAUGAAAAACAAGGAAAAGUUUUGUGAUGAUUUUAAAACUGUGUUUAAUAAAGAAGACCUGUGUCAGAAGAAGGCAGAAGAAUUCACCAACCAGUGCUUGAAGCCUGCUGUUGAAGACUUUGUCAGUCAUUCCCUGGGUACUAAUAUCAUUGAUGAAAUGCGGACAUGUGAGCAGUUCAGCACACGGAACUCCUUCCAGUAUUCAGUUUUACUGGAUUUGCUCUCAAAGGAUGAGCCUGAAAACUAUCUGAGCUAUAUUUGCUCAUAUAAAGAUUAUGUAAAAACAUGGAUACUCAACAAAAUACUUGAGCAUUUCUCAACUGUGUCAACAGUAUUUAAGUUUGAGGACCAACAUCUCCAGUCAUGUAUCAGGAGCAUAAAUGAUGCCAUCAACAAGGCCAAAACAGAAAAGAGUGAUGACCUGAAGACAUUUGUUGAAGAUAUUCAGAAAGAACUUGGUGAUAAACUGGUCAUUUCCCGGGAUGCUCUCGGAGCUUUCAUGUUUUUGAACAAUGCUGACAAGCAACAGUUUGCUGACUGGCUCACAGUGUCUGUGAAUGACCUGGAAGAAGAUCUUAGAAAAGAGUUUAAAACAUUGAACUUUGAAAUGAAACUGCAACGUCUCCAUGUGCAGCCCCAGAAUGAGCUUUUCAACAAACUAAUUGGUUGUGGCAAACAGUGUCCAUUCUGCAAAGCUUCCUGUGAUGCAGAAGUCCACACAGAGCACUCUGUUUCACUGCAUAGGCCACAGGGUCUGGGUAGAUACACUUGGAACGUAACAAACAAACUUGUCACUGACAUAUGCUCAUCCUCUGUGAUCAGUGACCACUGUUUUAGGUGCAGUGCUACAAAUGGUCAAUGGCACUCUUACAAGGAUUACAAGGAAAUUUACCCAGACUGGAAAAUCCCUCCAGAUGGGAGCCUUGAGGCAUCAGACUACUGGAAGUAUGUAAUGGCAAAGUACAACAAGGAUUUUGCCAGAGAAUAUAAGGCCAAACCUGCUGAUAUUCCUGAAACUUGGAAUUAUAUCACAAAAGAGCAGGCAGAAAAAAGCCUCAAAGAAUCAUUUAACAUCAAGUAA